ACUUUUCCUACAGUCCCUGAAGGCAACAGCUGCUGACGUCGCCAAGGGGCCGAUGGGAAACCCGUUGAAUGUUUCGGUGGUUUCCUCCUCGCUGUCUUGCCGUCCUCUUUUAAAACACUCUCUCCGUGAGGUAUCACGACGGAACAAAGCACUUUAUCGGCUUUUUCUGUCGAAGAAACACCAGGUUUUACUGGCGGGCUUCACUGUCAUGGCGGGGGAGAGUCUUCUCUAGACAGAGGGAAAGCCAAAACUCUGGAGAGGAUCCUGGUCAGACUGCAGCCACCAUGAGGUGACGACUGUGACGUCUUGUCCUUUUGCUGACUUGAACACAUGGCACGGAUCACUUUGUCCUGCCUGCCAGCCUCCUGGUACUGCAGCGUUUCCCUGUUGUCUCUGGGCUGUGCUCCCAGACAGAGGCUGCUGCUGCUGCUGCUGCUGUUCAUCACCUCUAUGCUCCUCCUGGCAGUCUACCAGAGGCAGCUGUGGGGCACCCAAAGGCGAUCUGGGUCCCAUGUCAACAAAUACCUCUCUAUUGCUGAGUCCAUGGAAACUACUGACAUAAACAACCCUGCUCUAAAUUAUGGGAUCGUGGUGGACUGUGGCAGCAGCGGCUCCAGGGUCUUUGUGUACUACUGGCCCCCCCACAACGGGAACCCCCACACCCUGCUGGACAUAAGACAGAUGAGAGACCACGACCGCAAACCUGUGGUCAAAAAGAUCAAACCUGGCAUCUCCACCCUGGCAAAAACACCAACAAAGGCCAGUGACUACCUCCAUCCUCUGCUCAGCUUUGCUGCUGCUCACGUCCCAAAAGCCAAACACAAAGAGACGCCGCUCUACAUCCUCUGCACUGCUGGCAUGCGGCUGCUGCCCGACAGUCAACAGGCAGCCAUCUUGGAGGACCUGGUCACUCAUGUUCCCCUGGAGUUUGAUUUCCUGUUUUCCCGUUCACAUGCUGAGGUCAUCUCUGGGAAACAGGAAGGAGUGUAUGCAUGGAUUGGCAUUAACUUUGUUUUGGGCCGCUUUGAUCAUGCUGAUGAGGAGGACGCCACAGUAGAGGUGACAACAGGGUCUCAAAACCAGCAGCCAAUCAGUCGGCGUCGCACGGUGGGCAUCAUGGAUAUGGGUGGAGCUUCACUUCAGAUCGCCUAUGAGGUGCCCAGUGCCAUCACUUUCAGCUCACCUCAAGAAGAGGAGGCAGGGAAGAGUGUUCUCGCAGACUUUAAUCUCGGCUGUGAUGUUGAGCACACACAACACGUGUACCGAGUUUACGUCACCACGUUUCUUGGCUUUGGAGGAAACAUGGCCAGGCAGCGCUACGAGGACCAGCUAGUGAACAACACCCUGGCCAAGAACAGGUUUCUAACCACACAGACAGGCAUGAGUGAGGACAAACCCUACCUGGACCCCUGUCUGCCGGUCGGCCUGUCGGACACGGUCGUCAGAGACAACCGCACGUUGUUUCUGAGGGGCCAGGGCGACUGGACUCGAUGUCAGGAGGCUGUGCGGCCUUUCCUGGGCCUCCACAACGGCACCAUGUCACCAGGAGGCGUCUACCAGGCUCCCAUCAACUUUAGCAACAGUGAGUUCUACGGCUUCUCUGAGUUUUUUUACUGUAUGGAGGACGUGCUGAGGAUGGGAGGACAGUACAACAGUGAGAGAUACUCCCAAGCUGCUACGGACUACUGCUCCACCAAGUGGUCGACACUGAAACAGCGCCUGGACAACCAGCUAUUCUCUCAGCAGGCCGACAUCAGCAGACUAAAAUAUCAGUGCUUCAAGUCAGCCUGGAUGUUUGAAGUGUUGCACUCUGGUUUCCGUUUCCCCUCCGACUACCCGAGCCUGAAAACCGCCCAGCUGGUUUAUGACAAAGAGGUUCAGUGGACUCUGGGGGCGAUCUUGUUCAAAACCCGCUUCCUGCCUCUCAGGGACUUGCAGCAGGAAACGCUGCGGCAGAACCACCCCAGCUGGCUGCGCUCUUCUUUUGUCUACAACCACCACCUGUUCUCACUCUGCAUCCUGGUGGUGGUCCUGGCCAUCCUGCUCUACAUCCUGCGCCUGCGGAGGAUCCACCAGCGGGAGCAGCGGCAGGCCGAGGCCCUGAACCUCCUCUGGGCUGAAGAGGGAGAGGCUCUCCUCCCCUGAGAUGUGAUGUGAGGCUUCACAUUAGAGUCUGGAGGACAGAUAUGGAAAUUAGUCAUCAGAACAGCUUGUGACUUUGGUCAGUGAUGAUGUAAGAACUGACCCAGGAUUUGAUUCCGUGGAAAAACAUCACAGCACAGAGGCAGUUUAACGAGCCUGGACGUCUCACUCAUUUGUAUAUUCUUUGAUUGUGCAGCUUUAAACACAGAGCCCACCUCAGACCGGGCAGUUCUCUGGGUUCACUUCUUCUCUUCAAAACAACUUUGGAUGAAAAGACUCACCCUGCAUUACCGGAUCAAACUUAACUUUAUUUACCACCCAUUUCAUUUAGGAUCUAGUUUCUCAGUUCAAGGCCGUCUGGACAGUUAACUGGGAUUUAAUAUCUUCACCGCUGAGCAAGGAGGCCCCUGUGGUGAGGAAAUACAGCAAUAUGAGCUCAUUAAGGACUUAGUUCAGGAAAUGUCACUUAAAGGGACAGAUCAAAAGUAACGCAUUCAUUUACAGCCCUUAUAGGUUUUUUUUUUAUUUUUCUCAUAGUUAAACUAUCAUCACCCAAAUUAACACAGUCAAAACUUUGGUCCAUAACAGAAAACCUCUGAAAGGCUAGCAGAGCAUUGUUAGAAUGAUAUAGUGUUUUAUUUCAUGGUCAAACGACCAAAAUCAGACAAAAUAUUACAAAAACGAGACACUAAAUGAAAAAAAAUGAGACAAAUGUCACAAAACAAAAAAGAGACAAAAAAUGAGAUAAAAAAGCUGCAAAGCGACAAAAAAAUGGACAAAUGACAAAAACGAGACAAGAAAUGACAAAAGCGAAAAAUAGACAAACAGCACAAGUGAGGCAAAGUAAACACAAAAUGAUACUCAAAACAACACAAAGAAAAACACAGUCACAAAAAUAAGAAAAAACACUAGCGAGACAAAAAGGAAACACAAAACAACAAAGAUGAAAAACAAAACGACAAAAACAUGACAAAUGACAGAAGUCAGACAAAAAAACUACAAAAACAAGACAAAAUAUAAUAAAAAUGAGACACAAAAUGACAAAAGAAGAAUGAGCAAUCCAUUAUUUUAUUUUAUGAUCAGAAAAACUUGUCAUGUUCUAGAAAUUAUUUAUAGUUUAACAAAUUUACAAUUUGGAGUUAAUGUUUUAUCUGUAGUUUUUACACUUUAUAAAGUCGUCCCAUGGGCUGGAUUGGACCCUCUGGAGGGCCGGUUUUGGCCCGCAGGCUGCAUGUUUGACACCCCUGCACAGGGUCAAAUCCCAUGUGUGCAUCUAUGAGUAUUGUGUAUUUCUGGACGAUGAUGAUAGACGAUUGCACGGUUAGUCGUUUCAGUUCUCAUUAUGUUCAGUAAUUGGCUCCGGCUGACAUUAGGAAGACGUGUUUGUGUUCUUUUUCCAGGCCAGUUUCAGUCUGAAAAGUGGACUGUUCUUUGCAGUGUUUUAGUUUGGUGCUGCUCAUGUGUUGCUCUGGGUAAAAUCUAACCCACACAUUCCCUGAACGCAAAAAUCCCCCCCCAUCGACCCCUAAACCGGAACCCUAACACCCCACCCCCCACCCCCCCGGCUACAGAUACACAACACACACAUUAAAAACAUUAACUUUCUGUACAACCAGAAUCUAGUGCAGGAAGAGGCAGCAGAGGCCCGACAGUAGGCAGCAGCAGCGAGGACGUCUUUGUUGUAUGCUAACUGAACGGGCGCCAGAUGUUUAUAUGGACCACCCAAUGUGAGACAUAGAUUGUGUACAUACACGCCUGGAUGCUGUAUGAACCAUACGGCUAUAAAUCAGUGCCUGCCUCAUUUACUAAAAAGGGUCCAAUUUAAUUCAUCAGAGCUUUCACAAAAGCAACAACUCAUUCGUACUCAUGACAUGUUGACACAAACCCCAGUUACGAGUUGUUUACAAGUGACUCCAACGUUUCAUGAGCACAGCUUUACGUAGCAUGCUAAUGGAACUGAAACUGUGAAUGGUUCAGAUCAAAGCACAGCUGAGGUUAGAAGAGCAUUCUGGUUUGUUUCACAUCAGUGUUGUGGCUUGUUGGGUCAUGCUAACUGUAACGAAUGAAGAACUGUUAAACAUUGCCAUCCGUUUAGACCAGGGGUGUCAAACUCAGAAACUUAGUUCAAGGGCCACAUUCAGCCUAAUUUGAUCUCCAGUGACCAGUAAAAUCACAACAUAAUAACCUAUAAAUAACUACAGCUACAUUUUUUUUUUUGUUGCUUUAGUGCAAAAAUGUUUACUUUUAAAGAAUUCUGCUUUUACAAAACAUCAUGAACAACUGGAAAUUUGUUAAGAAAAAUAAGAUAAUUCCACAACAUUUUGCUUCAGUUUAUGAUUUACACAUUACAACUUCCAGAUCACAGUUUAUCUACAAAGAACCAAACAUUUAGUCACAAGUAUGUGGAAAUGAAUGAUGUAGUAUUUUACUUUAUGAUCAAAACGACAUAAGUGAGACAAAAAUAGACAAAAAAACAAGACAAAAUAUGACAAAAACAAGACACAAAAGAACAAGGAGCAAACUACUAUUUUACUUUCUGAUCAAAACAACUUGUCAUCGUCGAGAAAUUAUUUUAAAUAUAUAGUUUUCCAAAUUUACAAUUUACAGUUAGUGUCUUCUCUGUAAUUUUUGCACUUUACAAAGUCGUCCCAUGUUCCAGAUCGGACCUUCUGGAGGGCCAGUUUUGGCCCGCCAGCCACGUGUUUGACACCCCUGCUUUAGACGGUGCUUCAUGUCCCCAACUAGAAGAAAAAACUCAAACCUGCGGGACCGAACACUCAGCUCUCUUAGGUUUUUGUGAGCUUCCAGUCCACAACAUAAAAUGAUGAGAAAAAGCCGAUGCAGUUCGCUUAAAUGACUCAUGGUGACUCAUAUCUUUCUACUUUCAGUCAGACUUGAGAACAGAUAUUUAAAAUGAUGAGUAUGAAAACCUGCUUUCUGUGAUUAAUCGCCCCACCCACUAAACUCAGUUUCCCCAAAUCUCUUCAAUGGAAUUCAAAGUUUGUUUGACUUAUAAAGCCACAGAGGCCACAUUAAUGAUUGAAAAUAUACAGUAACUCUCCCGUCAUAGCGGUCUGGAAAGAGCUGAACCUGAAAACCUGACAAGACCGUCUAGAGUGAAGAAAAGUAUCCGUUCAUAAAUGGUUUGACUGAAACACGUUAUGUGUUUUCCUGACAUCUAGGUUCAUCAUUUGUGAGUUCAGAUUUGUCUCGCUAUCAAGUGUCUCCUUCCCCUUAAUGUGUCCACUACUGUUCAAAAGUUUGGGCUCGCUUAGAAAUGUCCUUAUUUUUGAAAGAAAGGCAGUUUUUCAGUGAAGAUGCUGCAACGGCUCCACCAGCAGAUCUCACAGAGUUACAGCAACAGUCAUAAAAGUAAAUUUUACAUGACUUCUCGACAUGCACCGGCCGGCAACGACUGCAAAGUCAUUCUCACUGCAGGAUCCAGCUUAUGUCAGUUGUGCAUGGAUUCAUCUUGUGGGGCCUUUUAGCCCUCAGUGUCGCCUUACAAAAUGCUCUCUCUGGCUGUACAGCCUCCAGCUGUUACUAUCUUGGCUAAUUUACUUUCCAAAAUCUUUACCCUGAGCAAAACUCACUGAACCCAAGUUAAAGGAUCAGUUUCACCCAAACGUGCACUGCUGUUCAAAAGUUUGUGAUCACUUAGAAAUAUCCUUAUUUCGGAAAGCAAAGCAGUUUUUUCAGAGAAGAUAACAUUAAAUGAAUGAUAAAUCCAGUCUAGACAUUGUUAAUGUGGUAAAUGACUAUUCUAGCUGGAAACGGCUGAUUUUUAAUGUAAUAUCUCCAUAGGGGUACAGAGGAACAUUUCCAGCAACCAUCACUCCUGUGUUCUAAUGCUACAUUGUGUUAGCUAAUGGUGUUGAAAGGCUCAUUGAUGAUUAGAAAACCCUUGUGCAGUUAUGUUGGUACAUGAAUUAAAGUGUGAAUUUUCAUGGAAAACAUGAAAUUGUCUGGCCAACCCCAAACUUUUGAACAGUAACGUACGUGCAAAUUUCAACCCAUCCAAUGAAAAAUAUCUUAAUUGCUAAAAAGGAUUUUUGUAAGGUUUCAUUAGCGUCAUUGAAUUUAUAUAAACCCUAAAAGUAUACGACACAAACAUUUAAUAUCUCACAGAAAUGGUUUCUGAAACACUUCUACUGGAGGCGUUAGCUUCACAAGCUAGUCAGUGCAAUCUGUGUUGCUGUUAGUUAACACACAAACUUAAAGCUUCGAUGCAAACAGAAUCAUGACUGAUAAACAUCUGUGUGUAUUUUCCACAAAAAAAUGUCUUCUAGAAAAGUUAGCAGGGAAGCUACUUGUUCAUACUGUUAGCAUCUGUCCGUCGGCUUUGCCCAUAUCCUUUAGAGGAGUGUAGGGCGUACUUGACUGCAAAAUGACUGCAAAUAAGAAAACCAAUGAAGCUGUCCUUGUUCCACCCCAAGUCAUGGUGACCGUUACCGCCAUCUAGCAGCUGAACAGUUCAUUGCAAUGAGGUGAGAUCCCAGUGGGCUGCCAUCAAAGACUGUUUCAUACACCUCCGUCUGUCCCAAUGGGAGGAUUUCCUCAAAAGCAAUCCAACACGCCGAUGAUUUCAGCUGCAGAACUCUGGCCUCAUAUUGUGCUUUGAUGCUUGAACGCCACUGUUGUCCUGCCAAGACCCCCGUCCAGCGCAGAUUUUUAUCAGAGCAGAGAUGGAGCCAAGAGGCUUUUCAGCUGAGAGAUCUGCUCAGCGUCUGGAUUGAGGCGCUGAAAGCAGAUGAAGACCCCAGAGGCCUGAUUUAAGCAGACGGCAUUUGAUUUUUCAACACAAUAACUCAGAGAAAGGGAAGAAACUUGUUUACUGGGACACCGCAAAAAGUACCGGACAGAUCUCAAUAUGUGAGAUGAACGACUUAAAAGCCAUUUUUUGAGGAAAAACAAGCCUUACCCUAAAAAACGAUUGUGUUUUCUUCAUUUUCUGUGUCUACUGUAGUUCCUAGAUGUAAAAUGAAGCCGGUGUUUGUGUUUUUUAGUGUCAUGUUGUGUGCUGACAGGCUGGUCCAACAAACCAUGACGAUGCAAAUGUGUGUCUGAGCAGCACCUGGUGAAACUUCCUGAGGAGUUUCAUAAUCUGUUGAUCCCACAGCGGGAGACUGUUUUGAAAUGUUUGAAUUUACGAUUUAUUCUUACUGGUUCUAUUCAGAGGCAUGAUUCAUCAAACUGAGUGAUGAUGACUUCAUCCUUUCAUAAGACAGGUUGUAAGCUGUACUGUGGUGCUAAUGCGAACGAUGUGUUGUCAGAAGAGAAGGGAAAGUGUUGGAGAGCUUCGUAAGAUUGAAGCUAAAGCUGUUCUAGACAGUUGUUCUCUUUUCUUCUUGUCUUGACACAGAUGAGUCCUGACAUGUCCUUGUCAAACUGUCAACAGGAGCGUGUUAGCCUUCUGAAAUACUUUCCACCUGUGAAUCCUCAAUCAGUAACAGCAUUCCAAAGUGAUACUUUAUUAUCGAAAAGAAUCAAGAACUGUAAACCUCUCUCUGAUCCAUCCUCAUGUGGAUUUUAGUAAUUCUGCUGCUUCUCUCAUGUUUCAACUCCUGACAAAGGACCAAUCGUUGACUGUGUUUUUCCAGAGCUGGGCAUUGUGCAAUGUUGAAGACUAAUCAACUGAACGGGAUGCUUGAUUUUUUUUUUAAUGUUUGUAAUUGAGGUACCUGGAACAUAAAUGUGAACAGAAACUAUUUCAAUCCAAUAAAGGAAUCCUUUUGGAAUAAA